CAUCACAGCAUCCUGUCCCAAAAGGGGAACCGAGAGCUGCUUUCUCUCACCACUCCCUGUUCCCCACUGCAGCCUCGCCGUCCCCAAGCUGCUCCUGAAUCAUGGCACCCAUGGCGCUGGCCCUCAUCCUGGGUUGGUGGCUGGCGGCAGCGAGCGGAGCACAGCAUGUGCCCCGACCCUCCCUGUCGCUGCACCCCAGCCACGGGGUGUCCCUGGGGGACGCUGUCACCCUGCGCUGCCACCUGCCCCCGGCGCAAGCCUGGGUCUGGCUGUACCAGGAUGGAGGUAGGACACAGAACAAGUACCAGGACAAGGAGCAGGAUGCGGUCGAGUUCUCCUUCGUUAGCACAAGCUGGGAGCACGCAGGGUCGUACCGGUGCCAGUACCACGUGUCUGAGCCACUGGGGACAUCGGAAAAGAGCGACCCCGUGGAGCUGGUGCUGACAGAUCGCAGUUUCCCCCCACCCGGCAUUUCUCUGAGCUCCGAGGGACGCGUGAUGGCAGCGAUCAACAUCAGCAUCCGCGUGGGGAGGGGGUCCAACGUCACCAUCCAGUGCUGGAACUGGGAUUACGGAUCCUCCUUCCUCCUGCACAAGGGUGGGCGCUCAGCCCCCAUCCAGCACCAGGACCCCAGUGGGGGAGCAAUGGCCACCUUCACCCUCUUUGGGGUGUCCCCAGCUGACACCGGCACCUACAGCUGCUCCUACCGCCCCUGGGGUCACCCCUUUGUGUCCUCACCCCUCGGGGACGGCGUGACACUUGAGGUGACAUCCCCACCUACACAUCCAGGUGACACUGCGGAAUCCCGUGGGAGCCUGGUUGUGGCAGUGGCAGGGGGCUGCGCCACUGCCCUGGCCUUCGGCCUCAUCAUCUUCUUCCUCCUGCCUGCCUGCAGACGACGGAUACAGAGCACAGCCGGCUCUGGUGAACCCCUCAAGAGUUCCAAGGCCAAUGAGCUCCAGGAGGAACCCCAAACCCUGCCCAUGGGGAACCCAAAUCCACGCCGUGGUGCGUCCCCACAUCCUACAUCUCAGCCUCUGUGUCCCCUGGGUGCAUCCAAACCCUAAGCUCUGUGAACGUUGCAGAACACGAACCCAAAACACCCCUCAUCCGGACCCUGGGUGCCUGACCCACGGCC